AUGGAUGAAAUUUAUUUGCUAAUAUAUUUUAGUUUUAGUUUUUCUUGGAAAUAAUUUUACACAUUAAAAUUAUAAUUUAUUUUGGAUUAAAAUAAAAGUGAUUAUUGCCAUUCAUUAUUCAUAAAUUUUCCGUACACAGUGACAUAUUUUUAAUAUAUAUAAAUUAAUUAAGAAAAUAUUAUAUUUUUAUAAUAAUUAUUAAGUAAACACCUCUAAAAAUAGAAACCUUAGAUUAAAAAUGAACAAAUAAAAGAUAUGGAAGCUAAACAUGUAAGAUAUUAGCAAUAAAACAACCAUAGAGAUAAGACGUAACAUUUAGAGACUAUACAAAGAAGUGAAUUUAUUUUUCACGAUGGCCUAAAAUUUUUAUUUAUUGUUUAUCUUUUCCAGGGCGUUGAUUAUAAAUAUAUAAUGCAAUAGUAUGGAAUCUCCAAAGCUCAUUUUUAUCGUAUGAUAAAAAAUCCAGAACCAAAAAAAUAGGGCAGGAGAUAAAAAUACGAUGAUGAGCACAGGAAAGCUAUUUAUGAUGAAUGUAAAAAUAUAAAUGGGAUUGAUGUACCUGUCAAAAGGAAUAUUUUUAUGUAAGUAAUAAAGUAGAUGGAGAAUAAGAGACAAAUACCAAAAGCAAGUAAUCAUGUAAAGUAUCCUGAGUAUAACAAAUACUUGGAAAAUUAAAGGACUAUAAUACAAGAAGAAUAUAAUUUAAAUUACUAGUAAUACAGCCAUUAAAAUUAUUCUAAUCACCCAACAAAUUCAUCAAAAUCGAUCGACUUCGAAAUAAAGAGUUUUUCUUUUGAGUGUAGGUAUACAUUUUUUGAUCUAUAUUAAUAAGAUGAUCUCUCGAGUAAUCAAAGUUUAAAAAAGUAAAUUUUAACUAUAAAUUCUAAAACUUAAAUUUAUUUUAUAUAUUUAAAAGGCUUUUAAUUGAAUGAAAAUAAAUAGAAAAUUAAUUAUCUUGUUUAAUCGAUUCAUUUUUUUAUGUUUAGUUUCAUUAAAAUUUUGAUAAAAUUUGUUGAAAAAAUAUCUUUAAUUUUGAGUAAUCAUUUUUUGUGA